GAUUUGACAUCCUCUAGACAAACUUCGGCCCAUCUUCUGGCCAUGCUGCGAACGAAUACUCGUGCGCUCGCUUCGACGAAGAUCAUACGACUCGUGAGAGGCUUCAGCUCAUCGGUGCCUAGAAACAAGGAGAACUUGGUAGUUCUGGGGUCUGGAUGGGGAGGGUAUGAAGUCCUGAAAAAUGUGGACAAGAAGCGAUGGAAUGUCACUCUGAUAUCGCCAAUCAACUACUUCAACUUCACUCCACUACUGGCUAGUUGUGCGGUCGGCACCUUGGAAUUUCGGUGCGCCAUUGAACCGGUACGGAGAUACUCCCCUGAUGCGAAGUACUACCAGGCGUGGUGUGACGCCAUCGAUUUCAAGCAGAAAACUUUGCAGUGCAUGCCUGCGACGCCGCCUAUUCACCCUGAGACGCUCGCAGCCAAGCAAACAGAUAACACAGUUACAAAUCAUUCGGAUAGUGGAGCGCCCUUCAUGAUCAAAUACGACAAGCUUGUGAUCGCUGUAGGAGCGUAUUCUCAGACGUUCAACGUCCCUGGGGUGAAGGAGCAUGCGCAUUUCUUAAAGGAUGUCAAGGAUGCACGGUCUAUAAGGACGCGUGUCCUGGAAUGCUUCGAACAGGCCAACCAACCCAUCGUAAACGACAUUGAGCGAAGAAACUUGUUACAUUUUUGCAUUGUCGGUGGAGGGCCGACUGGUGUCGAGUUUGCAGCCGAGUUGCAUGAUCUGUUACAAACCGAUAUGGCUCAGUAUUAUCCAACUUUGGCGCGGCUCGCUAAGAUCACCUUGUACGACGUAGCGCCCAAUAUUUUGGGCAACUUCGAUAAGGGGUUGGCAGAAUAUGCUGAAAAGAAGUUUAAAAGAAACGGUAUCACGAUCAAGACCAGUCACCAUGUCGACAGGGUCAAACCGGGUAAGCUUCACGUGCGGGAGGAUGGCGAAGUUCCAUUCGGACUCCUCGUUUGGUCCACUGGUCUAGCUCCGAAUCCGCUCAUCGACUCAAUCUCUGGUCUUCAGAGAGACAAGCAAACUAGAACACUACUUACCAACGAUCAUCUGAACGUUAUCCGUGAGGAUGGCUCUCCUGACACUGAUGUCUGGGCGAUCGGCGACGCCGCAAGGAGCGAGGGUACUUUGUUGCCUGCUACCGCACAAGUGGCCAAUCAGAAAGCAAAAUAUUUGACCAAGAAGUUAAACAGAAUAGUCAAGGACAAGGCUUCGCCUGAACCGUUUGAAUUCAAGAACCUUGGCUCGUUGGCAUAUCUCGGAGAUUGGUCCAGGAAGGCAAUAUACGAUCGCAGUCACGCAGACUCAGGUCCCAAGACAAAGGAAUCAGGGCGCAUUGCAUGGCUCUUGUGGCGCUCCGCAUACUUCACAAUGACCGUCAGUGUGCGAAACAAGAUCUUAAUCCCAACAUACUGGUAA